AUGCAGGAAAAACGGCAACAGAUAAAACUUCCAUCGGCAUGGCAACCAGACAAAUGGGUCUGUCAUCAUACUGGUCACCGACAAUCAACGCUAAUGAAUGAUCAUGAUCAUCAACAAUCGAAAGGAAAACUAUUGACGUCUAGUAGAAAUUUAAAUUCAUCAUUAUCAUCUCAACGUAUAAGUACAGCAAAAUUGAAAGAACGAAUAGAAAAUUUAAGUUUGAGAAGUGCAGAAUAUCGUCUUUCUGGUUGUAAAUCAAAACUUAAGCGUUUAAUUAAUUCUCAUAGUUCGAAGUCUCAUAAAAGUUUAUUGUCAUAUUCAAGUCGACGUCCUCUUACACCUAUUUUACAUAUUCCUAAAAUGUCGAAACAAGCUUUAAAACGAUGGCUUGAUGCUCGAGAUGCCUAUCUUGGUCAUCAAUAUCCAUAUAUACAAGAAAAAUCUGAACAUCAUCGUCGUCGACGUCGACGACAAAAAAUAAAAUCAAUAAAAGACGAUGAUAAGAUGAUUGAUUAUGAAGCUAUAUCUAUGUUUUCUAUUGAUUCAGAUCGACUUAAUAUGUCAGAACAAAAUCGAAGUGAAAAACAACAUCAAUCAAGUCGAAAAAUUAGUCCUACCAAAGUAAAUAAUCAGUCUCAAACUAGUCUUCGUCAUAGUGGUGGUUUAUUACAACGUGUUAAAUCAUUUGUACAAUUACCUGUUCGUUCAUCAAGUCGUCUUUCAUUACAAAAAAAAGAAGAAACUAAAACAAAAAUUAUACAUGAUAACUUUGAUGAUAAAUGUGUUGGUACAGAAAUAAGUGAACCAAUAAUAUUUCGAACAAAUAUAGAACGGUAUGAUCAAGCUAUACAAGUUAAUUUAGCACGUCCUCAAAUUGAGUUAUAUCAUGAAUUUGAUACAAGCAUGGUUGAAGGUGAAAAAAAACCGCGAAUACGAUCUGUUCGACAAUAUGUCGAAUAUAGUGACAAAGCAACAGAGACAGAAUUCAUAUUCAAUUUGGCAAAUGUCGAGAAAGAAAAAAGAGAACAAAAAGAAAAAAAUGUAGUCCAUGAUGCUGAUGAUGAUAAAACCACUCGAUAUAGUAUAAAAGAAGAACAAGAAGAAAUCGACUCAUAUAUCGAACCAAAUAACGUUCAAGAGCAACAACAACAACAGUCAUUAUCAAAAAUGUCUGAUACAAGUAAUCAUAAAAUAAAAAACAAUGAAUCCAUUCCAUCACCAACAUUUACUAAAACAGGUAAUCGUAUUGUACCAUUAACAGAUCUAUUUCAAACAUCAAAUAAUGAUGAAAUCGAUAAUGAUCACAAACAAAAUGGAUCACGUUCAACAAUUCUUACAUCAACAGAAUCAAAUAUUUCCAUCCAUGAACAACUUCAAAGGUAG